CUUCCCCCCAGGGCGCGCAGCGGACAUUGUCCUUGCUAGGGCCACGGCUGGCUCUGCCCUUGACUGUACUAAUCCAGAGCACAGGGCGGGGAACAUAUUCCGACGGCGAGAUACGUGCUAGAUGGGCGCAAGACACCCGAAUCUCACCCUUCGGCCAGUCCCUGGACCUGUCUGAGAUGCACGAGCCGUAGCCGGUCAGAAGUCCGUGCCACUUGUAUCCGCGCACCUCUCUGCAUAUUCCCCUUUGGCAAGCUCGCCGCCUGCUCCUGCCCACCAUCCGUAGGCGUUUGGUCGCCAGACUGUCGACGCCUGGCUCCUCUGUCGUCAACCGCUCCCAUAGCCAUGUUCGAUUUUGACGACCUGCCCGACGAUAUAGACGCUGCUCUCGCGGCGCGGGCUGGCGCCUCAGAACAGGCGGUGGCAGAUGCCUCGUGCGAGCUGGCCGCAGAGGGCGGCGGUGCGCAGGCGGCAGCUGCGGAGGGCGGCAGUGUCCGAGGCGUGCCGGGGCCUUGGCUCUACACGCCGUGCGACGACGUAGAGGUCAGAGCCAGGGAUGGGCCCGAGCUGGGCGCGCCGAAGACGGGCCGGGUAUUGAGGCCCGGCGACGUCUUCGAGGUCUGCUCAGCGCGGCACGGGGACGACGGGGACCUGUUCCUCGAGCUGGCCGAUGGGGGUGGGUGGCUCUGGCGGACGGAGUCUGUAGCACCGGCACCGACAACGGCCUCGCCGGCGGAUCCUGAGGCUGCGGCGGCGGUCACAGCGGUGGCCGCUGCAGCGGCCACGCCGGAGGAAGCCCUGGCUGGGGGCGAGCCAGCCACAGAGGGCGGCGGUGCGCAGGCGGCAGCUGUGGAGGGCAGCAGUGUCACGGGCGUGCCCGGGCCUUGGCGCUACCAGCCGUUCGACGAGGUGGAGAUUCGGGCAAAGGACAGGCCCGAGCUGGGCGCGCCGAAGACAGACCGGGUGCUGAGGCCCGGCGACGUCUUCGAGGUCUGCUCAGCGCGGCACGGGCCCGACGGGGACCUGUUCCUCGAGCUGGCGGACGGGGGCGGGUGGCUCUGGCGGACGGACUCUCUGGCCCCGGCGGCGGCGGAGGCACCGAAACCGACAGCCGCAGCGCCGGCCACGGCUGAGGCUCCGACAGCGGCCGCGCCAGCCAAAUCCGCGGCCGCAGAGGCCUGCCCUCCGGUUGACGACGGCCUGGGAGCGGACGAGGCGGCUGCGGCCGCGGCGGGAGCACCGACAGCUGCGGCUGAGGACGACCGCGCCGGCAAGCAGGCCGUGAACGCCCCGCUCGGCAGCCUGAACUUCGACGAUGACGACGAGGACGAAGAAGAGGCGGCUCCGCCUGAGGCCGCUUCGCCGGAAGAGGCGGCCGCUCCGCCUGCCUCGCCUGGCUCGCCGGGCGCCGCGGCACAGGCGGCGCCGCCAGCGGGCACCCUCGCCGUCGGCUGCCAGGUCGACGUCCAGGGCCUGAAGAGCAGGCCAGAUCUCAACGGCAGGAGGGCGAGGGUGCUCCUCUUCGACGAGGCCGCUGGGCGGUGGGAGGUGCGCCUGGAGGGGCCGGGCGACGACCGGCUGCGCUGCAAGCCGGAGAACCUGAGCGUGGUCGUCGUGAGGCAGAGCGCAAAGAAGCUGCUCGGCGACGAGGCGUUCAAGAACGGCCAGCACGACAGGGCCAUCGCCCUGUAUGGCCAGGCGCUUCGGGAGGACGCGCAGGGAGACGUGGAGCUCAGCGCCACCAUCCACUCCAACAUGUCUGCCGCGUAUGCCAAGAAGGGGGACCACAACAGCUCGCUCAGGGAGGCGGAGUCUGCAGUGGGCCUCAGGCCCACGUGGGCGAAGGGCUACUCGCGGAAGGGCCUCAGCCUGCUCAGUCUGUGCCGUGACUUGGAGGCUCAGGAGACUUACAUCAAGGCUGUGACCUUGGACCCCACGACCGAGGGCUACCUUGCCGGAUUGCGGCAGGCGACCGAGCGGCUCGCGACGAAGAAGGACGCCGGCUCGCGACGAGCGGAGGCUGAGCAGAGGAAGGCCAGCGGCAACGCAGCCCUGAAGUCGGGCGACCUCAGUCUUGCCGUGGCCUACUACACGAUGGCCCUUGCGCUGCUCGCCCCUGUUGCUCAGGCGGGGAACCAAGGCCUGCAGCAGUCUCUGGCGGUCUAUUCCUCGAACCGGUCUGCAGCCUUCGCGAAGCUGCAGCAGUGGGAGUGGGCUCUGGCCGACGGCGAAGAGGCAAAAAAGGCUUCGCCUGCGUGGUUCAAGGCUUACCUCAGAAUCGGCAGCGCACAGCUCGGGAGCGGCCAUGCGGAGCAUGCCUACAGGACAUACUUGUACGCUAGGGAUCUGCAGGGGGGCUACCAAGAAGCCAUCGCCGAGUGCAACAGGACCUUGUGGCUCAUCCCUCGACUGGAGUCGCCUCUCGCCAAGAGGCGGAUGUGCAGAUUCUCGGAGAGCGCCAGCAAACCGCCCGGCUCGUGCCGCAUUUUUGCCAUUUCCGACGUGCACAUCGAUCACGGCAGUACGGUGAUGAAGUGGGCUGAGGGUAUCUCCGAGACCGAAUUUCGGAACGACAUUUUAAUCGUCGCUGGGGAUCUUGGUGAUACUUUCAAUGCUGUCAAGAUUGGGCUCAAGAUUUUCAAACGCAAAUUCAAGAGGGUUUUCUACGUGCCAGGGAAUCACGACAUGUGGAUCCGCCCUAACACUCAAGACGCAACCAAAAUGAAGUUCCAAGACUCCAUCUGCAAGCUUCUUGCAAUGCUAGACAUGUGCCAGCAGAUCGGGGCCGAAAUGAUGCCAGCCGAGGUCAUGCAGAACGUGUACGUGGUGCCGCUCCUGUCGUGGUGGGCGAACACGUUUCUUGGCCAUGAGGCCCCAGACGACGGACGGGUGUAUGACACGUUCUGCAAGUGGCCGAUGGGCGACAAGGUAGCCCACAAGUGGUUCCUCCAGUGGAACGACGUCUUCCUCAGGAGGAUCCAGGCCGUCCAGAAGCAGCGCGGCCAGAAGGGCGAGGUGGUGACCUUCAGCCACUUCCUACCGACCUCGGACCUGCCGUGCGGCGGGGCGCCUGUGAUGGCGAGCGGCUGCCUGGAGCUUGAAGGCCAGAUCCACAGCGUUGGGGCCCAGCUCCACAUCUGGGGCCACACACACCUCAGCAUGGGCGAGACCAUCCGAGGAGUGCGCUACCAGCAGCAGAGCUUGAUGGGUGCCGAAUACGGGCACUCUCCGCAGGCCAAGUUCCUGAAGGUCUACGACGGCGGUCUUCUGACUGCCCCUCGGAGUCACAACGUGUACUGAGUUCUCACCGCGUAUCCGUUUUUGUUUGUUUGUGGGAUGUGCACGCGCUGCCCCAGCUGGCGGCGCCUCUUGGCCAUCCAUUAUGUUUCCCGUCCUGUCAGCUCCAGCGCUCCAGUUUUCCCUGUUUACCGAUUCUCUCUGACUUACCUCAUUUCCACGGGCGAUUUCCACGCGCUUUUUGGCAACGCACACUUCUUUGAACAAGGAAGAUGUACUGUGCGUCCGUACUCAUAAUAGAAUUGUGGCAGUACGCACACCUCGUACAAGGCGGGAUACAGGUCCAUGGCGCCGUCAAAAUAUCAUCUAAGGCGCCCGAGGCGACGCCGCGCCUCCUUUUUGAAUCGCCUGUGAACUGUCGAGCUCACUCGCGGCUACGCCAGUGGACAGUCUGUUUCCCCAGACUUCGGGGAAUCCACAGGGAGAUUGCCACGGCGCACGCGAUACUCACAGUGCUAGAGACGCA